UUCAGUCUCUUGCAUCAGUCUGGCGACACGACUCACAAAGGGCGGCUGCAGAGCAAUCGCCAUUGUAUUUUUGGCGCUGCGACGGCCGGUCUCGACUGUGCUAGCACUGCGCAGGUUUGGGACCACCUUGCCUGCCAGCUGGAGCGCCACUGCAACAGCGCUGCCUUCGCGCGCCGUGCAGCAGCGUACAAUUUUGGCACUGCACUUGCCAGCAAAAGCCACUGCAACCGAUCGCAGUCAUACGCAUCGAUGCGAUACAUCAUUCUACUGGCCGCGGCCGGCGCGGCCCUGGCACCGUCGCACGUGACGAACCGCCGCGCCCUCACCGCCGACGCCCUCGAGACGAAGCGCCUGCAAUGCUUCUCGGCCUUCGACGAGUCGGAGACGCGGCUGGCGAUGCGGUUGAUCGCGGCGGCGGAGAGCGAGGAGGCGUCGCUCGCGGACAGCGCCUCUGAGGCGUUCGCGUCGUCGCUGGCGCGGCUCCGGCGGUGCGCCUUCCCGGACGCCGUCGACGCGCCGUGGCGGGACGAGGAGCUUGCGGCGUGGAAUUGGACGGCGCCCCUCGUCUCGGCCUGCGACGAUAUCGCGCGCGAGCUCCAAACCGUGCUGGCGGGCGACGCCGACGGAUGGGAUGGGGCGGAGUACCAGGCGAUCGCGGCGGACUGGUCCUUCCUGUCGCUCUGGCAGGGUGGUGGCUUCACGGCCGCUUCAGAUGCGAUGCCGAAGACGAAGCGAGCGCUCGAAGCCGCCAUGGCCCUCGGGCUACGGAUUCAUCCGUUGCAGGCGUUUGCCGCCGGGAUUGCGAAGAUGCCUGCAGGGUCGCGCAUCUCGCCCCAUUGCGACGGAGGCCUGCUAUCGUUCACCGCUCACCUCGGGCUGGUUGUACCCGACAAAUGCGCCCUCACCGUCGGCGGGGAGGCGCGACGAUGGGACCAAGGCGAAUUCUUCGCCUUCGACCCGUCGUGGGUCCACGCGGCGGCGAACGACGGGGACACGGACCGCUACGUCCUGCUCUUGCAGCCGCUGCGCGACGACGUGCGCGACGACGACGUCGGUGCGGUGGCGCACUACCUCCAUCCGAACGUCCACCCGCCCGGCGGCCGCGAGUACCCGUUCUGGCUCACGCGCGGCGGCCGGGCCCACGCGACGUGGCUCGGAUUCAACGAUUCGCAGGUCGAGUUGGCGGCGGGUCGUUAUGUAUCACGACGCGAUGCGGUUUUAGUUUAUCCCGCGCCGGACGAGCUGGGGUGCUUCUCGCCACGGGGAUCACACGAGUGGCUCGCCGCGCCGUUCGCCGACGCGUCGACGACGGGAGUCGCGGUGGCCGAGACGGUUCGCCCCUGCUUCGUCGGCGUCGACGACGCGGGCGGCGUCGACUGGAUCGCCGUCGCGGACGACGAGGCUGACGCGGACGCCGUGCUCCGGGACCCGGGACUGUUGCGUUGGGUUCCGCAAGAGGCCGUGGACCAGGUGCCGGUUGCGGCUCCGACGAAACCUUCGCGGCGACGGCGGUCGGGCAAGAGGCGGAAGAAGCGGGCUUUCUCGUAG